GACAUCAACUUUUUGAUUAUUCCUUUUCUAUUUAUGUAGACGUUACCACUUUUGUUCGUUCGUCCACUCAUUUUCCUAGAAGUCGAGGGGCGCGACAUGGAUUAUAUCCAACCUCAUUUUAUAUAUGGAAAUAUCUUUCAGUAUUUAGACCAAUAAUGACUGACACACAUGUGUAAUAAAAAUAAAAAUAUCAAAUAAAAACCUUUUUUUUUGUCCAACAUAAAUAAAAACCUAUACUCAGUUUUAAGAUAAAGUUAGAGAGAGGCAAGGUGAGCACUCAAAUACUUCAUGAUUGGUAGGAAAGGAAGAAUCAAAUCCCUUAAACAUUAUUAUGGGCUCUUACUGUGUAAGUAAUCUCUUGUUGGGUCACCCAUUUAUACUCUGCCAAAAAACAGUGGGCUGUAUGUUCUUUGGUCUUUUAAUUUAAUAGCAACCCAAUUUAAACACUCCGGGCUAUAUACUCUAUUCCCAUGGCUCUAUUCAGAUUAAAACGCUGCGCUUUAUAUCCUGUCAGUGUCAGGGGAGUCAGCCUUUGUCAAAAUAAAACAAAACAAAACACUCCGUUUUAUACUAUCUUGUAUUCGUGUCAGAUUAAAACGCUGCGCUUUGAGUCUUGUAUUCCCGCGUAAAAAUCUCCCCCCUUUGUUAUCGGAAGGACGCAGGCGAAAACCUAAAGCUCAUUUUGCUAACGCCAUGGACGUAAGCGAUGUCCAGGAAGACCUAAUGGUUGAAGAAGACUCCAUGGACGAUCUCAUCAGAGACCGAUUCAGACUCUCCGCUAUCUCUAUCGCCGAAUCCGAGGCAAAGAAAAGUGGGAUGGAGAUAGCAGGACCUGUUGUAGCAUGCGUGGCUGAUCUAGCCUUCAAAUAUGCAGAGAAUGUUGCAAAGGACCUUGAACUCUUUGCUCAUCAUGCUGGACGCAAAGUUGUCAAUAUGGACGAUGUUGUUCUCUCCGCGCACAGAAACGAUAACUUAGCUGCGUCUUUGAGGUCAUUGUGCAAUGAGCUAAAGGCAAAGGAGCCACAAUCUGAGAGGAAACGCAAGAAAGUGUCUACCAAGAAAGAUGACAAAGCCAGUAGUAGCAAUGCUCCUGUUCGCACCACCGAUCUCUAAAUCUUCACUCCUACAAUAACAUCUUAGAUACAAAGCUUGGUGAAGAAGCUCUUAAAUGUCCUGGACUCCUGGAAGUUUUUCUGCAAUUUUAUACAAGACUUUUUCAUUAACUUUCUUACUUUUAAAUCCUUAAUGUAAUACUGUAUUAGUAGGCUACGUAUAUUUAGAGAAUCUAUGCAUAUAUCUCUUGUGAAUAUAUUUUCUAUUUUCUGCAUUUUACAACGUCUUUAGUGUCUUUA